AUGGAGGCCAGUUCCCCUCCAGCUGGCCCUCGACGGUCACAACGUGAAAGAAAACCGGCAAAACAACUUACUACUGUCACGACCAUUCCAGAGACGCGGCGUAAGCGCAAGCGCGCUGACACGGACGACGAAGACGCAGGUGCUGGAGUCGAUGAAGACCCGGAUGAAGAUGAAGAUGAAGCUGUUUUGGAUAACUCGGAUGCUGAUGAAGACGAGAACGGUGGUGAUGAAGCGCCUCGGGUCAAAAAACCUCGGAAGCCUAAAGCUGCGGCGCCACCUGCGAAAAAGCCUCGAAAAGGAGCUGCUGCGACAGCAACCACGAAAGACAACUCAGAGAUCACUCGGAAACCUCGCAAAACGAGGGCCCCUAAACAAGCUGCUCAUGCCGACGCCACGUUUGACCCAGAGACGUUCGAAAAGCUCACAAACAUCAAAGCAGACAAUCCUUUAUUCAAUGCGAUCAUGAACCCGAAUGCUGCUCUACAGUCGACCGCUGAAGACUUUUUGGAGGCAUUAGCUCAGAGUCCGAACGCGGCAUUAGCAGAGUUGGUGAACAUGGUGAUGAGGUGUUGUGGGUGCAACGACACUAUUGAUGGUGACACGGCGGUCGACUACGAUGGUGUGGUGGACCGUUUGGAUGAUAUUGUUGAGGAGUUGAAAAAGACCACAACUCCCGCUGGGACUUACCCAUUGACAUCGAAGGUGUCCCCAUUUCACAAUACAAAGAUCAAAUACAACUUCCGCACACACCUUUCCGAGUUUAUAACCCGGUUGAUAACAGCUGCAGCGAGUCUUACAUCAUUAUAUACCACUCCCCUGAUCGAGACUCUGGAGGUCUGGCUCGUUCCAAUGUCCUCCUCUCAGAUUCGAUCUAUAAGGCACACAGCGACGGUCGUUGCCCUCGAAGUCCAGUGCGCGUUAUGUCAGGUAGGAAAAGAGGUCGAAAAAGAAGUCGAAGUCGUUGGCCGUAUGAGGGAAGGUGAGAAGAAACGAGCUCGAACUGGGGCCACACCGAGUACGAAAGGCAAAGAUAAAGAGUUGGAUGCCAAACAAAGGGAGGUGAAGUCCAGACAGAGCAAAAUUGAGGAAUUCAUCAAAGAGUUUGUUGAUGGGGUUUUUAUCCACCGAUAUCGCGACCUCGACCCAGUCAUUCGAACAGAAUGUAUUUCAUCGCUUUCAACGUUCUUCGCCAUCCUUCCCUCUCAUUUUGCUGUCAACUCCGAUUACCUGCGGUACGUUGGCUGGGUCCUGUCGGACUCUGCUACCCAGGUCAGGCUGGCCGCAGUCAAGGCCUUGCAAACAGUAUAUGAGACAGCUGGCAUCGGCUCCGAUAAAAAGUCGAGUCGUAAGACCAAGAAGGGUGUUAACAAUUCCAAAGGGUCCGGUGGUGUGGCCCUCUCAGCGUUGACACAUUUCUCAACGAGGUUCCUAACCCGACUUUUGGAGAUUGCGAGGUUCGAUGUGGAUGUUGGUGUGAGAGUUGCAGUAAUGGGCGUAUUAGAUUGUGUCGACGAACUUGGAUUACUCUCGGACACUGACCGUAGCCGUCUCGGAACUAUGGUAUAUUCAGAUGAACCUCGGGUUCGAAAGGGAGUAGGCAGAUUUGUUGGCGGCGUGUGGGAGGAGUGGGUGGAAGCCAAAAGAGGAGAAAUUGAUAUCGAAGCCCAUGCUCAGAUCGCCGCGUCCAGCAGGGGUAGAGGUCGUGGUCGUGGUCGCGGUCGCGGUGGAGCUGGCCGUGGUGGACCUUUUCCUAGGAAAGGCAAAGCUGGUGUUACAGUUUCUGAGGAUGAUGAAGUUGAUGAAGAGAAACUUGGGAUUAAAGGAUUGGCAUAUCUACUGGUCAAGUGGGGGAGAACGUUAGAUCGUGAGCGGAAAGGAGAGGACAAAGAAGAUGAGGAGGAGGAGGAGGAUGGGCCAGAAGACGAGGAGGGUGGACGGGAUAAGGACGGGGACACCGACUCCACCGUGACACGGGAACACGGUGGUGCAGCCGCAACUCUGGCAGCUGCUACUGUAGUCACUAAAGGGAAGAAACUUGAAGUGACUUCUGGUACAGCGCCGGCGGGUGGAACGACCUCGCGCAUGUCUCAAGACAAAGUGGUGAAAGGAAGGACAGCGCUGGCGGUUGAAGCGGUGUGGGAUGAAUUGGAUAUUGCGAGAGAUUGGGAAGGAAUACUGGACAUGUUGGUGUUGGAUCACAGUGCAUCGGGGUCUGAGAAUGGCGCGGGUGCUGCUGCUACGAGAAGAUCUAAACAAAGAGCUGGAAAAGGAGGAAAGACCGCAGUUGUUGGAUCGAAACGGCGUGUGAUAAACCGGAACAACGAUCAGAACGUAAAUGCAAACGAGGAUGAGGCGCGUGAGGAUGAUGAGAACGACGAUGACGAUGACGAUACAGAGAGCGCUGAAAGAGUUCACGAUGCUUGGAGAUUAACUGAAGUUGAGGAGGGUGUCUUGCUCGAAGUCCUCGUUGCUUCAAUACGCAAGUCAAGAAAAGAGGAUGAAACUUCUGCAGAGUCUAUCACUCAAGCAUUGAUUAAAGCCCUUCCAAUCUUAUUUAUGAAGUAUCAGACGGACGAACACAGAAUCACUGAUGUUCUCGUCUUACCUACCCUGAUGAACUUGGAGGUCUAUCUUGAAAUGAGGGAGACCAAUGCCUACGCCUCGCUUUGGUCGGAUAUCUCGAAACAAUUCCUGACACAUUCAUCUCCUUUCGUUCUCACUACCGCCGUCCACUCUAUGCUCUAUUUGAUCUCCAAUACAUCUCUUUCCAACACGAACAGCGAACAAAUUCUGGAACUCGAAGAUGAACUCGCUAAUUCCUUUCGAGAUGCUGUUGCUGCUGCUCCAUCGCCGCCGGGAUCACCCUCAAAGGGUACUGAUCCUUCAACGUCUACACGCCCUAGAGACAUGGAGUUCGCCCAUUUGACCGAAGACGAGGUGAUAACCUUGACGUCGGUGGUUCUGAGAAUACGCAUGUUAAUCAGCAGUAAAGACCUGACUUCCUGGAUUGAGGAAAGUGAGGGUGGCAAACAAAGUAGUGCCUGGGAUAUACUUAACGCAAUUGCCGAGAGGGGGAGGAUGGGCAUUGGGGGUGAAGAAGAGAUGAUAGAACAGGCGCUCCAAGUCCUUACGUUGCACCUGAUGUGGAAGAGCAGAGCGCUUACUUCCAAUUCUGAACCCUCCCCAGAAGAACAGAAAUAUCAAGAAGUGUUCUUGAACCAACGAGAAACGCUGUUGGAGAGGUUGACCGAAUUUGCAGUUGGUACACAGGAAGUAGGCAAUGGUGUUUCUGAUGCUGUAAAGAGGGCGGCAUUCAAGAACCUAGUAGACUUGCAUGUUCUCUUUACUGCCUCCGAGACAUUGGCUGCAGAUACCGCGGUUCUCCCCCUUUCAACUGGACCUGUGGCUUUGACCAUGAAUGAUGAAGUGCAGUGGCGGUGCGCCGGGUAUAUACAAGCGGAGGUCGAGCGUUAUGCGGACUCCUUGGAAGAGGCUGAUGAACCCGACCUUGAUAGAGAUGAGUCUGGUGAUGACGAGAGUGAAGGUGGUGAGGAGGGUGGCGCAGAGGAGGCAGGAAAAAUGAAGAAGGCUCGUAAGCUCAAGGUACCAGAGACGACAGAUGAAGACCAAACUUCCCGAUCAUACCUUGAACAGGAAUACCUGUUCAUAGAUGUGAUCUCUACUUUCCUUCGUGCAAUACGGUCUGGGGCCAUACACGUACGACAUGGAGCAACUCUGUUGGCCCAUUUUGGCCGACUAGGUGAUGCAUAUGACGCUUGUGUCAAGUUCGUCAUUGAGGCGCUCAAGGAGGAAGGGAUGAUGAAUGAACAGGGGGACACUGUUGUUCUGGUGAUAACGCAGGCUAUGAAGGAGGCGUUUCAAAUCGCCAUAUCGACCCGUUCUCCAGACGAAACAGAUGUUGUUGCUCUUGCUAAAGUGCUGGCGACAUGCUUUAUUGUCCGAGGAAGCCAGUUGUCGGUUGUUCGUCGACUAGAUGCCCAAUAUGUUGUUCAAGUUCAGACCAACCUGCUUACAUGGAUUGCCGAUCAACUGGGGACACACUUAAUGGCCAACGACAAAAAAGCAUUGAAAAGUUCGCUUCUCUUUUUCCGAACGCUUGUUCCUCUUGUUGGCUCGGUGGAGAGUCGUGACGCGUUGAAAGUAAAAGCACAUCUCGAACAAGUAUUUUCUCAACAUAAAAUAGAACCUGGUACGACGAAAGCUUGGGAGCCAUACAGAGCAUAUGAAAAGCGCCUUGGAACGGUUCUGUCCAAAGACAAACCCCCCGGUAGCAAACGACGCAAGAAAAAGAAAGCCACCGGUGAAGCAUCUACCGAUGGAGAGGAGAGUGAAGUGGAAGCUCUGAUUGGACAGGAUGACGCAGCCGCUCCAGAUGCACCAGAACCUCCUCGUCCCAGAUCUCACCCUCAGAGGGCCACCAGAUCUCGAGCUAAGAACCCUUUGGAGGUUGUGGAGCAGAAUGGGCAAGACUCAGAACAAGACGAACCUGUUACGCCUAAGCCUCGACCAAGACCAAAACGUGUGUAUAAUUCCAAGAACAAAUCUCCCGAGAAAGACGUUGCGGACGAUCCAGAGGCAGAAAACUCCGUUCAGAACCCCACGUUAUCGGACGGCGAGAAUGCCGCACCUGCUCAGGUUCCAGAGGCCGAAAAUCUUAUUCCUCUUUCACAAAAUGGCUUCGUGACGCCCACGAAGACCUCGAAGAAUCCUCGCAAAAGGUCAAGACUAGAGGAUGAGGACGAGGACGAGGCCGACGGCCUACCUUCUGAAGAUGGAGAGGAGGGCUCAGAAGCGGCUGAGCCUGCAUCUGCAUUUGCCUUCCAGGUUCGCAGGAAACGCAUCCGUCAUUGA